AUGAAGCUGCUCAUGCAUCACCUGUUCCGUACUCUGGAAAAAGCUCUGUCCACUUUCCUGGCUCAGAAAUAUUACCUCCUGACCUUUAUGUGCUACGACCGCUACGUAUCCAUCUGCAAACCUCUGCACUACGAGACCCUCCUGGGCAGCAGAGCUUGUGCCCACAUGGCAGCAGCUGCCUGGGCCAGUGCCUUUCUCACUGCUGUCAUGCACACGGCCACUAUAUUUUCCCUGCCCCUGUGCCAUGGCAAUGCCCUGGGCCAAUUCUUCUGUGAGGUACCCCAGAUCCUCAAGCUCACCUGUUCACACUCAAACCUCAGGGAAUUUGGGCUCCUUGGGUUUUCAAUCUGUUUGGAAUUGGGUUGUUUUGUGUUCAUUGUUUUCUCUUAUGUGCAGAUAUUCAGGGCUGUGCUGAGGAUCCCCUCUGAGCAGGGACGGCACAAAGCCUUUUCCACCUGCCUCCCUCACCUGGCCGUGGUCUCUCUGUUCGUCAGCAUGACAGUGUUUGCCUACCUGAAGCCCCCCUCCAUGUCCUCCCCAUCCCUGGAUCUGGCCCUCUCAGUUCUGUACUCGGUGGUGCCUCCAGUCCUGAACCCCCUCAUCUACAGCCUGAGGAACCAGGAGCUCAAGUUGUACUAA